UUAAUCCGGUUAAGCAGCCACUUGCUCGUCGAAAGGGCAAAAGCAAAGCCGACAACUUUAGAGAGAUAUGUCAGAGGAGCAGAGAUCAUCAUCAUAUACGUAGUAGAGUUCCAAAUCAAUCAGCUUUUCCUUCUCUCUCAUCGCACGGUGAGACCGAGAACCAGCCCAAACCUGAUUCUCGAAUUUCUCUGAUCACCCGUCGGUCAUCACCGCCACGCAGAUGCUCGCUUGAGUCCGACCUCUUCUCGCCGCCAUCUUUGCCUCUUCCUUUUACUCAAACAACGAGAUCUGUUUUCCACGGUAAAGCUAGAGGAGGAUGUCGACACCAGCAAGGAAGAGGUUGAUGAGGGAUUUCAAGAGGUUGCAGCAAGACCCACCUGCUGGAAUCAGCGGUGCUCCACAGGACAAUAAUAUCAUGCUCUGGAACGCCGUCAUAUUCGGGCCUGAUGACACCCCAUGGGAUGGAGGUACUUUCAAACUCUCAUUGCAGUUCUCUGAAGAUUAUCCUAAUAAGCCGCCAACAGUUCGUUUUGUGUCACGGAUGUUCCAUCCAAAUAUUUAUGCAGAUGGGAGUAUUUGCUUGGACAUCCUCCAAAACCAGUGGAGCCCUAUAUAUGAUGUUGCUGCUAUACUUACCUCCAUCCAGUCGUUGCUCUGUGACCCUAAUCCGAAUUCUCCUGCAAACUCGGAAGCCGCUCGGAUGUACAGCGAAAGCAAGCGUGAGUACAACAGAAGAGUGCGUGACGUUGUUGAGCAAAGCUGGACUGCUGACUAGUAGUUUGUUAUUUGUAAUCUUUGUAACUCUUCUCCUUCUCUCAAAAUGUCACCUUUUAAGCAACAACAAGCUUUCACUUAUCUUUUUCAUUCAUGUCUUUUGUGUUUCCAAAACUCUAUGGUGAUUGGAUGCUGUGAUGUUUCUGUGAAACCUAGCAUCCUUUAAAACAUCUUUGUACCAAACCUUCUGAAAGUUGAGCCUCUCCCGGAUGGUUCUGGCCACUUCUUCAAUCUAAGUAAAAUAUAAUUCUUCUU